UUGGUGCUGAUUGUGGUUGCGGCCAUACUGGGGAAUGGCUUGGUGUGCUUGGCCGUCUACUGCAACAGCAAACUGAGGAACAUGUUCAAUUAUUUUCUGGUCUCCCUUGCAAUCUCUGAUCUCAUGUCUGCCUUGUUUAUUAUGCCUAUGUCCAUUUUUAAAACAUCUACAGACCACGUGAUCAUACCGAAGUUGAUGUGCGUCACGUGGUACAGCCUAGAUGUCCUCUUUACGUCAUCGUCGAUAUGCCACCUCUGCAUGAUCUCCGUGGACCGUUACCUGACCUUGACCUACCCGCUCAAAUACGGCCAUUCAAAGAAAAAGAAGCACACGUUAAUGAAGAUAGCUCUCGUUUGGAUCAUUUCAAUUUGCAUCGCUGGACCCCUAUUCGCCCUAACUUGGAUCGACAAAGAACCAUUAGUUAACGGCACCGAUAAUUCUAGGGAUGGUAUCUCAUUUUACUUGCCCCUGCUAAUAAUGACCAUCAUGUAUGCACUGACAGUCAGGGCUCUGCGUCUACAAGUCCAAGAAAGGCGUCGUUUAGAAGCAACUACCACAGCUGCCACAACUUCGCGGUCGUCAACGGCCACGUUAAACAUCGGCGAUAAUUUCUCGAAAAAAUCAAGUUUUUCGUCGAGUUUUCGGAUCUCACCGUCUUUUCGUCGGAUCGUUUUUCCAAAUCAAAAAAGAAAGGCGAGCGCGCCUGCGGUGGCUUCAAUGGCUGCUGCUGCCGACUGCAAACAGGAUUUGUAUUGUCAGAAGGUUCUCGGAAUACUAUUCGUGGUAUUCGUAGCCUGCUACCUGCCGUUCUUCGCCCUCUACCUGGUUAGGGGGGUGUGUGACAGGUGCAGGCCCUACAUCACGGUGGAGAUACUGGUGGCUCUCGAGUGGGUGGCUUACAGCGCCGCCCUCAUCAACCCGAUCAUCUACCACGUCUUCAAUCCAGAUUUCAGAAGGACGUUUCAGCAGUUGCUUCGUUGUCGAUGU